AUGUAAGAAAUCUACACAUAUUAAGUAAGAUCUAUAAUAAGAUUAUUUAGAUUCUAAAGAAAUGUAAUGGUAAAGCAGUCAUUUAGAUGGACGAAUCAUUAUUGGAUGUUAUCAAUACUCAUUUAAAAAUAAAACCAUAGCAAAAACAAAGAGAGGUGCCUUAUUCAGUUAAGAAGUUGCACAAUUUUUAAAGGCGUAUAGUGCCCUUUUUCAUGAAUCAAUUCAUGCAUUGGGCAGAAGAAAUGGGAUACAAAUAGGUUGAUGGGUAUCUAAGAGCCAUUCACAAGAAGAAGACUUCAAAGUAAUAAAAGUUUGAAUUGGGAGAUCUCAAGAAAUUAUUCGGUGCUAUCAAUCCACGAACCAAGAUCAUCCAGAUGGAGACUCAGAAUAAAUGGAUUGAUUUCUUGAGUACUCAGGCGGACAUCUGUGUACUUCUUAACAACAAGAUUAAAGAUCAAUCAACUAAAUAACUCUACAUCCAGGCAAUUCAAAAUUUGAAGGCUGAGUUGAAGAAAGAAGUACCUUAUGAUAAAUUCUUGAGUGUCCCAAAAAAGGAGGAAUCGAUUGAUUCUCCAGAAGAAGAAUCAUAGGAGUAAAUCCUCAACGAAAUAUUUGCAAGUGAAGAGGUUGAAGAGUAUGCUCCAACCAAUAAGGAGGACCCGUAUUCUUAUCUGAGUUGUGCUUAUAGCAAAUUCGAUUGA